AUGGCCCCCUCCGCAACAGAGACGGUCACGGCGGAGCCCCUGACCCAGCGCUUCCGGCUCAACGCCUCGGCGACGGGUCCCUACAAGGAGCUGUCCCCGGUCAGCUACCAGGAGACGGAGACCAAGGGCGGCGACGGCUUCGAGGCGGCCAAGUACCCCCACUACCUGCCGACGUGGAACCCCGAGCAAAAGUACCCGCCUCUGGAGCCCUUCGAGCACAAGGAGCACGGCAAGGAUGCCGACCCCAGCUUCUCGAACCUGCUGCCGACGGGCACCCAAGCCUACAGGCGGCUGAGCCCGCUGUUCAGGGAGAGGCUGCACGGGCUCAAGGCCGUGCACUCUGGGUUCGAGCAGGUCGAGGCCUCCGUCCGCAAGGGCAGCAUCAAGAGGAGGGAGCCCGUCGCCAACGAGCACCCCAUCGUCAGGACGCACCCUGCGACCGGCGAGAAGGCCAUCUACGUCAACCCGCAGUUCACCCGCGAUAUCGUCGGCCUCAAGAAGGAGGAGUCUGAUGCGCUGCUCAAGUUCCUCUACGAGCACAUUGCGUGGAGCGCCGACAUCCAGGCCCGCGUCAAGUGGGAGGCCGGCACUGUCGUCGUGUGGGAUAACCGUGUGACCCAGCACUCUGCUCUCGUGGACUGGAAGGACGGCGACCGCAGGCAUCUGGCGCGCAUCACGCCCCAGGCCGAGCGACCGUAUGAGACGCCCUACGAGACGUGA